GACUUCUUUAUGAACAUUUCAUAAAUUCUGCUUUGGGGCUUCAGAGCCUCUGACUGGGAACAUUUUAUUGUCAGCUGUUUGUCGCAUGACGUAACAGGUUAAACGUCCAUGUCAGAGGGCGGCAGAGAGGUUUCAUGCGUCCGCGUGUUGCAAAAGUUGCAGAAAGAUCAACAGGACUUUCUGUGAAAAGCACACUGGCUGGAUAGAAUCUACACUCAAGCACCCAAGUGGCAAACGGUUUUUAUCUUGAACUUUAAAAUACAAUCUUUCAUUUUUCAAGAUCGCUAAAAUGGGCGUUAAACAAUUCUUUGGUGGAGGAGGUGAGAGUUUAAUGACUGCUGAGGUAAAGGGUCAUUUCUUUUUAUUUAUCUGCCUCAUCCUCGCUGACUCAGACAGUCGGGGUUUAAACAUUAACCGGCUUUGCUUAAAGGUCACCGUGCAGCAGUAUCUCCGAACCGAACAUGGCCGAUUUUGGAGAGAUCCUGAAGAGUAUUGGAGAAUUUGGAUUAUUUCAGAAGAUCACUCUUUUUGCUCUUUGCUUCCCGAAUGUUAUUCUGCCUUUUCAAUUUGCCAGUGUGUUUUUCAUGCAGUCCGAUCCGGAGCGACGCUGCAACACGGACUGGAUCCUCCAGGCUGACUCCAACCUGACCACGGGCCAGCAGCUGGACCUCACGCUGCCCCGCCAGGAGGACGGGACCUUCAGCAGGUGUCAGAUGUUCGUCCCUGUGGAGCGGGACAUCGGAGACAUCCGGGAGUACGGGCUCAAUGAGACCACGGCGUGCCAGCAGGGAUGGAAGUACCACAGCAGCGUGUACGAGGCCACCAUAGUCACGGAUUUUGAUCUAGUUUGCGAUCAGGCUAAUUUGCUGGCAUUCUUAUUGGUUGUCUAUUAUUUGGACCUUUGGCUGAAUCGAUUAUGUCCCAACUUCUAUCUAUAUUUGGCGUCCCAGUUCAUGGCAGGAAUUGGAUAUGGAGGUUUCCGACUGACCGGCGUCAGACUGGCCACCGAGUGGAUCGGCCCUUCCAGGCGGUCGUGGGGAGCCUGUGUUUAUUCCAGAGUCAGCCAGGUGGUUGUUGGAAAGAGGAAGGACAGAAGAGGCUAA